AUGGCGGAGGCUCCUCCUAAGAAAGCCCGGUCUGUGUCGACAACUGAAGGUUUUAUCUGCGGAGGCAUUGCCGCAUGUUUGGCUGUUACUGUAUCCAAUCCGGCUGAGGUAGCCAAGACGCGUUUACAACUGCAGGGCGAGCUUUCUAAGGGAGGAGGAAAGAAGGUCUAUAACAAUGCUUUUGACGUCCUCGCGAAGACCUGGAAACACGAGGGCAUUCGAGGUAUUCAACGAGGCCUACCCCCUGCUUAUGCGUACCAAAUUCUGCUAAAUGGUUCACGGCUAGGAUUCUAUGAACCUUUCAGAAGAAGUCUGAACAGAUUCAUCGGACGUCCAGCCGAUGAACAAAUUCCAAUCACCUCCGUAAUCGCAGGGGCCACGAGUGGUGCUGUGGGGGCUUCACUGGGUAAUCCACUUUUCUUGAUCAAGGCCCGCAUGCAGGCAUAUUCGCCUAGUUUACCUGUUGGUGCUCAACAUAAUUACAAGAAUGCUUUUGAUGCACUGGUUACCAUAUUCCGUGCGGAAGGUCCUAGAGGUUUGGUUCGAGGAAUAGAUGCUGCAAUUUUACGGACAUCAAUGGGGUCAUCUGUGCAACUUCCUAGUUAUAAUUUCACCAAGUCACAAAUAGUGAAGCACAACAUCCUGCCGGCGGAUAGCACAUGGACUUUUAUACUUAGCAGCACCUUCUCAGGAGCGUGUGUUUGCCUUGCUAUGCAACCCGCUGAUACUGCUUUGACUAGAAUGUACAACCAACCCACGGUGAUUGGACCCGAUGGAAAACUUAAAGGAACAUUAUAUCGGAACCCUAUAGACUGUCUAUGGAAGACAUUCAAAAUAGAAGGCAUCCGUGGGCUGUAUAAAGGCUCGACAGCCCACUUUAUGCGCAUUGCUCCUCAUACCAUCAUCACGCUGACGGCCAAUGACAUUAUAGUUAAUUUGUAUACAGCCGCUAGAGACCGGGACUUAGAAGAGGGUUGA